AUGUUACACACCUAUUUCCUGGGUAUUUUGUUGUGUGUGGGGUCUGGGUUGGCGUUAUAUGAAUCGGGUUCAGACGUGGUAGACCUGACGCCCGACAAUUUCCAUCAACUAAUCACAGAUAGAGAUGAAGUUUGGUUGGUGGAAUUUUACGCGCCGUGGUGCGGCCACUGCAAGAACUUGGUGCCUGAAUACAAGAAAGCGGCCAGAGCUCUGAAGGGUGUUGUUAAAGUGGGAGCUAUAGACGCAGACAAGCACAGAAGCUUCGCUAAGGACUAUGGAGUGUCUGGUUUCCCCACAAUUAAGAUCUUCACAGGCCGAAAACAUGUUCCGUACAAGGGUGCAAGGACAGCUGAUGCUUUUGUUGAUGCUGCUCUGAGUGCAGUGAAGAGCAAGGCUUAUGAGAGACUCGGAAGGAGGGCUGAUGACUCAUCACACAAGUCAUCAUCGGAGUCUGACGUGAUCACGUUGACGGACGACAACUUCAAGAAACUAGUCUUGGACAGCGAUGACCUCUGGUUGGUGGAGUUCUUCGCCCCAUGGUGCGGACACUGCAAGAACCUGGAGCCACACUGGGCUAAGGCAGCUACUGAACUUAAAGGCAAGGUGAAAGUAGGAGCUCUUGACGCGACGGUUCACCAGGAGAUGGCCGGCCGCUUCCAAGUCCAAGGCUACCCAACCAUCAAGUACUUCCCAUCUGGCAAGAAGACGUACGCCUCUGCCGAGGACUACAAUGGAGGCAGGACUUCCAGUGACAUCGUGUCAUUCGCGCUUGAAAAGCUGGCUGAGAAUGUACCAGCUCCGGAGAUUAUUCAGGUUGUGAACGAAGCAACGAUGCAGGCGUGCAGCGAGAAGCCUUUGUGCGUGGUAUCAGUGCUGCCUCACAUCCUCGACUGUAACGCGGCUUGUCGCAACGACUACCUCGCCAUACUCGCCCGUCUCGGGGACAAGUACAAGAACAAGAUGUGGGGAUGGAUAUGGGCAGAGGCUGGUGCACAGCUCGCUCUGGAAGAGUCUCUGGAACUCGGCGGCUUCGGCUACCCCGCUAUGGCAGUGGUUAACGCUAAGAAACUCAAGUUCUCAACACUUAGGGGAUCAUUCUCCGAAAUUGGUAUCAAUGAAUUCCUUAGGGACUUAUCAUUCGGUCGCGGCCAGACUGCGCCAGUCAGAGGUGCUGAGAUGCCCAAGAUAGUGUCUACAGACGCUUGGGACGGCAAGGAUGGUGAGCUGCCACAGGAAGAAGACAUCGACCUCUCAGACGUAGACCUUGAGAAGGACGAGUUAUAA